AUGAAGUAUUACGACAGAGGCAAAGCAGUCGAGAAAGUGCGUGGUGUUCCGAUUCGAAGUGCAGCGUUUCCAGGAGCUGUGUGUGCGUGCGGUGCGCAGUGGCUGGCGGACGUGGGGCUGUACGAGUGGGCGCCGCAGGCCAAGGCGCUGGCCGACCGCACCAGCCACCUGUGCCGCCGCGCCGCGCGCCGCUGCCCCUUCCUGCUCGGCUCCGCGCGCUUCCGCGACGACGCGCCCUGCCUCUCCCCAGGGCCUGGCACGUACGAGACGCGGGUGGAGUCGGUGCUGGGCGCGCGCCUGGGCGUCAUGGACACGGCGCCGCGCAUGCGCCAGCCGCCAGAAACCCCCGGCCCCGCGCACUACCACGUGAGCCCUCGCCCUUGCAAUUCACUUUACACUCUACAGGCAUUGCACCCGAGCGUCGCGAAACGCACGUUGCAACUAACGGACGAUGAGGAUAUAACGGACGAUGAGGAUAUAACGGACGAUGAGGAUAUAACGGACAAUGAGGAUAUAACGGACGAUGAGGAUAUAACGGACGAUGAGGAUAUAACGGACGAUGAGGAUCUAACGGACGAUGAGGAUGUAACGGACGAUGAGGAUAUAACGGACGAUGAGGAUAUAACGGACGAU